GUAAGAAAAGCCCAGUGGAUGUGCAACUCGAACUCAACGAGCUCCAUCGCCGCCGAGAGAACUCUUAAACCCUUCUGCAAACCCUAGUUUUGGUUUUCGCUUUCCAUUUGUAUACGAGAUGGGAAAAGCGAAAGGGCGGGAACAAGGGCCCGGCGUCGCCCAACCAGAAAGCCACCUCCGACGCGAGCAUGGAUGAUGCGGCGACGCAGACAAGCGCCGCUGUGGUGGAGGAGGAUAAGGCUGAGAGCUCCAAUCUCGAGGAGCCGAUCGGAAGUAUGCCGCUAAUAGGCGGUGAUCAAACUAGCGCUGACUACUACUUCGAUUCCUACUCGCAUUUUGGCAUUCACGAAGAAAUGCUGAAAGAUACUGUGAGGACAAAGACAUAUCAAAACGUUAUUUAUCAGAACUCAUUUCUUUUCAAGAACAAGGUUGUUCUUGAUGUUGGUGCUGGCACUGAUCUCUCUCUUUUUUGUGCAAAAGCAGGAGCGAAGCACGUCUAUGCGGUGGAAUGCUCCCUUAUGGCUGAUAUGGCAAAGGAGAUUGUCGAGGCAAAUGGAUUUUCAAAUGUCAUAACUGUUUUGAAGGGAAAAGUUGAAGAGAUUGUGCUUCCAGUUGCUCAUGUUGACAUUAUCAUUUCUGAAUGGAUGGGCUAUUUUCUUUUGUUUGAGAACAUGUUAAAUACAGUUCUGUAUGCACGCGAUAAAUGGCUUUUUAAAGAUGGAAUCGUCUUACCAGACAAGGCAAGUUUAUAUCUGACAGCAAUUGAAGAUGCUGAAUACAAAGAUGAUAAGAUUGAAUUCUGGAAUAGUGUGUAUGGUUUUGACAUGAGCUGCAUCAAGAAGCAGGCAAUGGUGGAGCCACUGGUUGACACAGUGGACCAAAAUCAGAUUGUAACAAAUUGCCAAUUGUUGAAGACAAUGGAUAUCUCAAAAAUGACUCCCGGGGAUGCUUCCUUCACAGCCCCAUUCAAACUUGUUGCUGAACGAAAUGACUACAUUCAUGCUCUUGUGGCAUACUUCGAUGUAUCAUUUACCAAAUGUCACAAGUUGAUGGGAUUUUCCACAGGACCUAGAUCUAAAGCUACACACUGGAAGCAAACUGUUCUUUACCUGGAGGAUGUUCUAACCAUUUGCGAGGGAGAAGCAUUGGUAGGGAGUAUGACUGUGGAACCUAACAAGAAGAACCCGCGCGAUGUUGAAAUUAUGCUGAAAUACACGUUAAACGGGCGCCAUUGCCAGGUCUCGAGAACACAACAUUACAAAAUGCGCUGAUAUAUUUGUUCGUGUAUUUUUCGUUGAAUUAUUUGUUCAAGAAUCUCUCUAAAUGCGCCUUUGAGAUUCUGGUGCAUGCUUAUGCUUGUUGUAUGUAUUUUUUUAUGCACGCUCUCUCAUUUGAUUUCUUAUGAAUUUUGAGCCACAUUAUGUUACUAUUGGUUUGAUAAAGUCCAUGAUAUUUCAUGAUACUGAGUAGUUUUA